UUGUUAAUUCUUUAAUCCACCUCCCUAAAUUUCAAGGCGUUUGCAUGGUACUUGCCAUUUAUUAUUGGGUAUUUAUGCCGUCUGUUCUCUCCUAUCAAAAAUUCAAAUAUUGCUUCCAUUUACUUUAAUCAUGCUUCCUGGAACAGGGAAAAUACCUCGCUUAUAUUGCGCUUUGAUCCAAAUAAUACCUGUCGGUGGUUCUAUGAAUGUAUUUUCAUUGAUGCUUGUAAUUGGUGCGGAUAGAAUGUUGGCUAUUUUCAUGCCUCUUUGGUAUUCAACCAGAAGUGAGAAACAUUACCUAAAGAUAAUGUAUCUUGCCUCAUUUUGGUUUCCUCUACUCCUUUUAGGAUUCGCCAUUAAAACUGUCAUCCAAGACCCUUUCAUAAAUGUCAAAUGCUUCGCCACAGAUUGGACUGCCAGUGAUGAUCAGAAUCUUAUACAAUCCAUAAUACUUGUAUUAAUUUGCUUAACCUCGCUUUGUUAUAUUUUAAUGUUUUUUAAAUUAUUGUAUGAACAAUGGAAAGGGAAAGCUACUGCUCAAAGAAAAGCCAUCUACAGAACCUUAGCUUUAAUUAUGGCAAUCCAAAUUGUUGGAUAUACACUAACUUCAAUUGCUUAUAAUAUAGUAAUGCGGAUUUCGUCCAAGUUUAGUGCAGACGAUUUACAAUAUAUAACCUGUGCUGUUAAUGUUAUGUCAUCAUUAAGUUCAAGUGCGGAAGUCCCAGUUUUGUUUGUUGUUAGGUUGGAGGAUUAA